CGUUCGUCGGGGGUGCGAUCCCGGCAGGCGGCGAAAUUGUGCGCCCAGGAAACUACAAGUGUACAACUGGUAGGUGUGAGUCUGCAGGCCAAUUAAAGAAAUGGAGUGCGCCGGCAGGGGAAGCAGAGGACCGUGCGUCGCUCCGGCCACAAGGCGAUGCGGUGGAUGCGGCGCAGUUGCUUAUUGCUCCGUCUCUCAUCAGCUUUCGCACUGGGAUCACCAUAAGCAAGAAUGCGAGAGGUUGGAGCAGCAAAUGAAGCGCGUGGAAGCCUUGAACGAGUUCCCUUUCACUUUCUCCGAAGAAGCUACUCUGGAGGUGUUUGAAAAGCGGGAGAGUAGGUGUUCGUUCUUGAGCAAAAGAGGGAUCCAUGGAUUGGGAAUGUGGAAGUAUGAAUGCGGCUGCGGAGACUCUCUUGCUUCUGCUGAUUCCACAAGAAGUAACAAGCAAUUUUUGGCAUUUGAUUCGGCUAACAGGUCAGAACGAGAAAGUUGGAAUCUCCCUCGCGAGCUAUGCCCUUGUAGUGGGCCAGCGUCUUUAAAGUCGGAUGCUUUGAGCAAUUGGAAAGAUUACUUUGAGUGGAGGUGUCUACCCCUCCAUUCACCAGUUGCUCUGCUUCUUCAUUGGCCACUCCUUGUAUAUUACGCCACUCAAAUUGCUUUUUCGGGGAAAUCAGGGCCUGAGAAAGAGCUUUUUCAACUUGCUGCUUUUGGGGAGUUGUGUGCACUCUUUCCUGGUGUACGCAUCCAUGUAGAGCUUGUUGGACCCGCCAUUCCAGAGAAGAGGGAUGGUGAGAAGAUUGAUAUAGUCGAUUAUGCCCAUUGUCAGGGUGCAGAUUGCAUGUGCAGAUCUUCCAGCCUGAAUAAAGGGUCAGCUGUUAGUUCUUGCAUGUCUUCUGCUGUGACACUAAGGCUGCGAAAAGGAUUUUACCAUGACCGUUAUAGAGAUAUAACUGAGGAUUCAUUUCCUCACCUUGUCGUUGCUCCUAAUGCUGGCAUUGCAGCUUAUCCAAGUUGGUUACCUACUAUAGAGCUGAUAAAGGAGAUGAACAUUCCAGCGGUAUUUUCUGAUUACUGCGAAGAAGCUUGUCAUCUAGCAGCUCGGUGCAUACACAGUGUGACUGGCCGUCCUAUUAGAAUUCCUAUUCAAUUGAAUCCUUUCAGGCAGCCACUGGUGGUAGAGAACAGCCCUCUUUUUAUUCCUUGCUACCCCAAUUGCUUCCUGUUUGGGAUUUGAGAAGUGAUAACAUCUGCUGUGGAACGAAUGUGGAAGUACUGAACAAAAAGCUGUACGUCGGGCAAUGUGUACGUAUAGGUUUACCUUUCCUUUUCCAUGGUUUUGAUAAUCUCUUACUUAAACACAGUUUAUCAAACAUUUGCAGUUAUCUGUGUUAGUAUAUCUGGGCCAUUCAUCUUUAAUGGCAAUUUGACGGUGGAACUUUUGUGAUAAUUCUACUUGAGAAUGCGAUGUGAAUGAUGUAUAAAUAGUAAUGUCGAACCAUCUUCUAGGAAAGCCAAAACAGAGCAUGGCAGAAACUAAUCCCAGAAUCAAGCGUUUUUGUUCCUUGCAUUCUCUUACGGCUGUG